AAAGAAGUAGGAGUUAAGAACCUCACCUCACAGCAGAAAGAAGUAGGAGUUAAGAACCUCACCUCACAGCAGAAAGAAGUAGGAGUUAAGAACCUCACCUCAGCCAGCGGCCGCCAUUUUGAGUGCAGCGCCGCCGAGCCUCGUCUCACGUGUCCUGGUUCUCCUCUCACAUGACCCGAGUGUUUGUUCCCGUGAUCAGACCUCCAUCUCCAUCUCCACCUCCGUCCCCCCGGCACCCACAGCAGCGCACUGCACCGCGACCCUGAUGGAUAUGCUGGAACACAGUCUGGACACAGCCAGCCAAGAUAAACAAGAAGAAGACGGGCAGGCAUCUGAAGACGGAACCGACGAGCAGACGGCUGUCACGAUAGCCAGCGUACAGCAGGCCUCAGCGUUUGGGGAUCACAACAUACAAUACCAGUUCCGUGCAGAGGGCGGACAGGUGACAUACCGUGUUGUCCAGGUUACUGACCCGAACCUCGAGGGACGAGAUGACGGCGGAGGGGCGGUGAGCGUGGUGUCCGCAGCAGCCUUCAGUGGCACUCCUCAGGCUGUCGCUCAGGCUGUGAUCCAAAACCCUUUCAGUAAUGGAGGAAGCCCGGCAGGGGAGGCAGUAGGAGGAGGAGGAGGAGGGGAGGCGCGCUUCGCCUACUUCCCCGCCACGGCGGUAAGCGACGGCACCGUGUCCGUGCAGGCCGCCGCUGCCGACCCUACGCUAACGCAGGCGGGAGGCCAGUUCUACGUGAUGAUGACCCCACCCGAUGUCAUUCAGACCGGCGCCUCGCGAAGCAUCGCCCCGCGCACGCAGCCUUUUCCCGCAGCUGAAAGCGAGGCGCUGCGACACGAAGGUUUAAACUGGAAAAUGGACGGCCCUCGAACGCCGCGAGAUGAAAGGAGAAGAGCGCAACAUAACGAAGUUGAGAGGCGGCGGAGGGACAAAAUCAACAACUGGAUCGUGACGCUGUCCAAAAUCAUCCCUGAUUGCAACAUGGACAGCACCAAAACUGGAGCACUCUCCUCGCAGAGCAAGGGCGGCAUUCUGUCCAAAGCGUGCGACUACAUCCGAGAGCUGAGGCAGAGCAACCAGCGGCUGCAAGAGAGUCUGAAGGAGGUGGAGAGGAUCCAGGUGGACAAUGAGCUGUGCAGGCAGCAGAUCGAGGAACUGAAGAACGAGAACACUUUGUUGAGAGCGCAGCUCCAGCAGCACGGCAUCGACAUGGUCGGGGAGACGCCGCCGCAGUGAAGGAGCGGCCGCCGCCCAGCCAAAAGAGGCGGGGUUGGCAAAAGGACUUGUGAAGAAUGACUUUGUGGACUGCAACCUCCUCUGGCCUACUGUGGCUGCGCUUGACUCUUCCAAACCCAGAGAUCACCUGAAGUCGGACCCGAUGCACCGCCGCCAGGAGCGCCAUGGCAACAAAACACCCCCGCUGAACUCCGUUGCUUUCAGAUCUUUCUCAUUUAAUUUCAUUAGUCCCCGCCACGCCCACAUUAUUAUUAAUAUUAUUAUUACUUUGGACUUAUUUCCCGCUUUGGAGUUCUUUAUCAAUGUGUCGUUUUUAGCUGCUUUAAUUUAUUAGUCUGCUCGCUGAGCGAUUGUGUAACGGAGACCAUUUACGCGGACGUCAGGAACAAUACGAGACGCGCUCGGCUUGCGUGGACUCAAAAGAGCUCCGGUGCAUGGAGUCAUGCAGCAGGAGCCCUGAUGUCGGAGUAAACAAUCAACAGCUCGCUUUGCUCUCCUGGAAUUGUCGGGCAUCUGCAGCAAAACUCCCGACACUUGUGGAGCGCUUUCUAAACGCCAUGUAAACAUAGGAAGUGAGGGCGGGCUUUCAUCUCACAGGAAUAAACCCUCGCUCAUGUUUCAUUUGGAGCACUUUGCUCUAUUUUGGUGUCACACGGAGCUGAAGGCGCCGGGAGCGCUAGUGGUGGGGGGGGGUGGCGCCCCGGGGAGUGCGCCUCAAAGACUUUCCCGGAGUGCGCGGGCGAGCCUGCCUGAAUGCUGCGGAGGCAGGAAACACGCCCACUCAGGCGCAUGAAAUCAUGGCUUUUAAAUACAGCACUGUCUUUGCUAA